AUGGCGGGUGAUAAUCUCACUGCGAACAUCACAAUUCAAGAUGUUGAGUACAUCGACUCCAUUGCCGUCAGACACAUCGUCCUUAGCGAGCCAGACUGGUCUAUCAAGAUUGGACGUGGUUCCUCAACUGGAGAUGAUGCUCUUCGCCCAGCAGAAAAUAACGCCUGGUUUGACUCAAGAGUCAUGUCCAGAAAUCAUGCCGUCCUCCGUGCAGACCCUACCACGAAAGAGAUUUUCAUCGAAGACACCGAUUCAAUGCAUGGAACCCAGUGUAGUGGCAGUCGACUCAUCCCCAACGUCCUUGAACUCAUUCGCCCUCACGACAGUCUGAUUUUUGGUGCCGAUGUCAUCAGAGGAAGUGCCCAAUUCCGCGCUCUGAAGGUCUCGAUUGAUUACUCUUGGUCUGAUCGGAAGGACGAUCACCAAGAUUCACAAUCCACUCAGUGGUUAUGCUCGUCCAAAGAUGGUGAAAUCCUCCCUGUGUCCACCUCCUUCCCCAACACAUUCGCUACUCCCGGAUACAGUGAUGAUGACGCCGACCAAGAUCACUCAAGCGACGAAGAACCAGCCAAUUGGCUAAAUCUCAAGAGAACGAACAAUGCAUCCACCAACAACGCAGAUCCUCCACCAGCAAAUACCGAUGUCUGGGCAGAUUACAACGAAGAUGAGCACCUUGAUGGCCCGGACGACGAUGUUCAGUUUGUGAAAGAGUCGUAUCGAGCUGCCAGUGUUGAAAUUGUCGUUCCCCAGCGAGAGGGAAGUGUCGUUGCCUCCGAGUAUUCCGAUCACGCGUCCAGCUACUUCUCCGAGGGCGAAGAGGGCGAAAGUCCUACAUCCAGCCCAACCGGUCUCAACGAUGAACAAGCCGACAAGAUCACUUGCCAGGAGUCGGCCAAAGCGGUACAUGCUGAAACCCUGAGUCUCACUGAGCAGUUAGAAGAUGCCGCUCAUGAGCAUUUCCCCACUGUGGCCCAUCCUCAAUCAUCUCAUUACGUGCAACUUGAAUCUGACGAUCUCUAUGAGAAUUCUGAAGAGGAGGAUGUCACAAUACCUCAAAGUGACCGCCCGUUUCCGGAUACAAUGGCAACAUUUUCCGCUCUACUCAAGUCAAACCGCGACGCCAAACUCCCUCCCGUGAACCAAACUUUUGCUGAAUUGCGCCCAUAUGAUUCUGCACGGGCCCCGAGUCCUUCUGAGGUUGCUAUGGUAAAGCCGAUGUCUGAUCUUAUCCAACAGCAGCCGUUCAUGCCACCCCUCGCUCCAUUACAGACUCCCAGUCACAUGAUCCAGCAUUUGAAUGAACCGAGGGUCCAGCUUUGUUGUUCACGUCAACAUUCGCCUACUUCUCCUUGCAACAGUUAUUGGGAGCCUCAAGGUCAUCAUCUUUCUUCUCCUCAAUCCCCUCAAUACGUGCCCACUACUCCACUCUGUUCAAGUUACACAGGCCCGUUUGGAGGCGGCGCUACCACCUGUUAUGAUAAUUCAUUUCCCUCGACAUCAACAUUGACUGCAAAGCCGUUCAAUUCUUCGCCUGUCGCCCCUAUGCAGGAGGGACAGUCGACUCUGAAAUUCUCGAUCCUCCCUAAGCAGUCCGACAAUGUGGGCGAGGAGACGAAACUCAUGAAAUCUCUGAAGCGCAAAGCUGACGACAUGUCUGACAUUGCCGAGCACCGUCGACCCUCUGAGGGACUUGGUCUCUCCAUCUCAAAGAACGACUUGGAGGUGAAGCCUGAAACGACAACUUCUAGCACUAGGUAUCCUGGGAUUGAGCAUGAAAUGACCACAACCUCAACCCUCGUGGCGGAUACUCCUGCAAACUCAAUCCCAGACAAGACUCAAGAAGAGUCCGACUUGCCACCGCGCAAGAAAGUCAAGAAGACUCAGAGCCCUGACCAUGGUAGCUUUAUGAAGAUUGCCGUGGCCACUAUCACUGGGGUAGCCAUUGGAACAGUGGGAACUAUCAUAGGCCUCGCUUCGUUGCCUCAAGACUAUUUCCUUUGA